AUGGCAGGAGGAACGAGCAUCUGGUGGAGCAAGGAUGCCAAAUCUGACCCCAGGCAGAUCUUCAAUCUUCGUUUGUUCUUUCUGAUGAUCAGCUUGGCCUGGGCUGGCUGUUUCUAUGGAUUUGACACUGGUAAUAUCGGUGGUAUCAUAACACUGCCUUCGUUCAAGAAAGCAUUUGGUUUGGUAAAUAUUCCACAGCAAGAGAUCGAUAACCGGAAGGGCACAAUCACAGCUAUGGUUUCCGCCGGCGGUUCGGCAGGUGCUCUACUUGCUGCACCUACGUCUGACAUACUGGGCCGCAAAUGGGCUGUCUUCCUAUGGGGCUUCGUCUUCGUUAUCGGUGCGGUCUUGCAAAUGGUUGCUAACUACGAGACUCUUCUUGCCGGAAGAUUUAUUGGAGGCUUAGGGGUGGGCGCAACAUCGAUGCUCAGCCCUCAAUUCCUAGGAGAGUCUGCACCCAAAUCAGUUCGAGGGUCAAUGACGGCCAUGUAUAAUCUACUCAUCAUCCUGUCUCUGAUGCUGGCUUUUUGGAUCAACUACGGCGUGUCACUAUGGCCCAAAACCAGCGGAGACAUUCAGUGGCGCGUAUCUAUGGGUAUCCAACUCAUUCCAGGUGUGCUUAUGUGCAUGAUGAUCCCCUUUGUGCCCGAGUCACCUCGUUACCUGAUCAACCAUGGAAAAGCGGAGCAAGGAUUGCAGAAUCUAAGCAAGCUCCGCAAACUACCUGCUGAGCAUCCAUAUGUGCAGAUCGAAUAUCAGGAAAUGGCUGCACAGGUACGAUACGAGCAGGAAUGUUACCAGGGUCACAGUUACUGGGUUGUGGUCAAGGAUAUCUUCUUGGUCAAGAGCAACUUUCGCCGAUUCUUCCUCGCUGUGAUGCUCUUUCUAUUCCACAAGUUCACUGGAACUGACUCUUUGAAUUACUACGCCCCAGAAAUCUUCGCCCUCAUCGGCGUCAGUGGUAACAGUACUACUCUCCUAGAUACCGGUGUCUAUGGAAUUGUCAAACUCGUUACAACCAUCUUCUACGUAGCCUACCUCGUUGACCGAGUUGGUCGUCGUAUCCCACUACUAGUUGGCGCUACUCUACAAGCCACAGCAAUGCUCUACCUGGCAUUAUACCUGCGAUUUGCGGGCACCAAUACCGGAUCCGUUGGGGGCACAUCCGCCGGUGGCAUUGUGGGAAUCGUCUGGAUCUAUAUUUAUGCUUUUGGUUGGUCCUUUGGGCACAGCGUUGCAUGCUACAUUGUUGCUGCUGAGAUCUUCCCCACACGAAUUCGAUCAGUUUGUAUGUCGUUCUGUUUCUUCAUCAACUGGAUUGUGGAUUAUGGCGUCACUCGGGCUACUCCUAAUAUGAUCACGAAUAUGGGCUAUGGAGUGUUUUUGCUGUAUGCACUGUUGACUUAUACCGGUGUCGUCUUCAUUUACUUCUGCUUGCCGGAGAUGAAGGGAAGGUCUAUUGAGAGUAUGGAUGACCUCUUCCAGAGGCCGCUGUGGACGAUGUGGAAACAUGCAUACCCCACCGAAGAGGAGACUGUUAGGGCUGGUGUUAAGGAGAAGGUGGAUGACGGCGAAGACCAUGAGAUGGAUCGCAAGGAUCCGUCUCAGGCAGUACAUGUGGAAGCUGCAUGA